AUGGCGGCCUCCGUGGGUAGACUGCUGUCCUUCAGUAAACAUGCAAAGGUGCUGGUUUCACCGUUGAGAGUGAAUGUGGUUUCUGCUCACCGCUACAGCCUGGAGGUUUCCAGCACCGGAGAGAAGAUCACUCACACUGGUCAGGUGUUUGAUGAAAAUGAUCCCAGAAGAGCGCGAUUUGUGGGAAGGCAAAAAGAGGUGAAUAAAAAUUUUGCCAUUAGUUUGGUGGCAGAAGAGGAAGUAAGCCACAUCGAGGCCAGAGUGGUGUCGUGCGAUGGCGGUGGUGGUGCCCUGGGCCAUCCCAAAGUCUACAUCAAUCUGGAUAAGGACACAAAAGUGGGCACGUGUGGCUACUGUGGCUUGCAGUUCAAACAGCAGCACCAUCAUUAG